UCAGCUUUGAAAGCUUUUAUUUAUUUUAACUGAAGAUAAACAAGUCUUCGCCUAUGUUGCUUGUUCAUAUCAAAUACACAAGAAAGUAUUAUUCAGAAAAACCGAAUUCCAAAACCUAGUAGUACUCGAAAACGCAUCUGAACUGAUCAUGUUGGGGUUUCUAUUUAUGGGCUGAGGUUUACGGAAUCUAGCGGCACUCGAAGAAGCAGAGCGAGGUGACUGGCACCAGAGAUUGAAGUAACAUAUCCAGUCCAGUUAUGCAUGCCACGUGGCACAAACCCAUUGCUCCUCCUAAAUUUCUUGGGCCUCUCUGUCUAUAAUUUGUAAGUUACAGUGCCAUUGGGUCCGAGAGAGAAGCGAGGAUAAAGCUCUUAGAAUGGCAGGCAUUGGGUUUUCUUCGGCGCUCUCUGCCACCAGAAACUUUCAGACAUCUUGGUUGGUAUCCGAAACUCACAGUCGAAGGACCUUGCCGGGGAAACUAAAUCAUCGGAAAAAUUUGAAUGUUAAAGCAGAAGUGAAUUAUGUGGAUGCUGAAGAAGCAAAGAAACUAAUAGCAGUCGAGGAGUAUGCAAUUCUGGAUGUGCGGGACAAAUCUCAAUAUGACCGAGCUCAUAUUAAAUCAUGCUGUCAUGUGCCUCUUUUCAUUGAAAACAAAGAUGGUGAUUUUGGUACAAUUAUAAAGAGGACCCUGCACAACAAUUUCUCAGGUUUGUUCUUUGGGCUGCCGUUCACUAAACCCAACCCUGAUUUUGUGCAAUCUAUUAAGAGCCAAUUUUCGCCUGAAAGUAAACUCGUGCUUGUUUGUCAGGAGGGACUGAGGUCUGUUGCUGCUGCUAACAAGCUAGAGCAAGCUGGUUUUCAAAACAUAGCAUGCAUAACAUCGGGGCUUCAAUCCGCGAAAUCAGGAACUUUUGAUUCUGUCGGAACCACCGAGUUGCAGGAUGCAGGCAAAGCUGGAUUGAUCACUAUUCAAGGAAAGAUUUCGGCCGUGCUAGGAACAGUCCUUAUCUGUGCAUAUCUAUUCAUCACAUUCUUCCCGGAGCAAGCAGAGAAACUAUUCCAAAUUGCACCAGUGACCUAGUAGGCUUCAUAAGGCCAAAAAGAGUUUUGCAGUCUCUCUUAUAUUUUUAAAUUAAAUGAUUUUGUUGUUUUAAUUUGGGAGGAAAGUCCGUUAACCUGUAAUAAUCGUAUUAUUUACUACUCGUAGAAAGCCUUUCAAGCGAAGUCCUUUCUGAUUGAUUAUACGAUACUAAUAUUCGUAUUUGAAUCAAAGUGAGCUGAAAUUUCAUGAAA